GGGGAGGAGGGGGAGGAGGGGGAAGGUGAUGGUGAUGAGAAGGACAAGGAGGGGGAUGGGGAAGGGAAGGGGAAGGGGAAGGAUGCCGCUAAGGGUACUGCUAAGGGCACAACUAGAGGGAAGAAGGAUGUGAAGAAAGAUACAAAGGUGAAUGGAGGUAAGGACAAACAGGAGGAAGAGGAGCAGCAUGACGGGGAGAAUGAAGACGAGGAGCUUGAUGAGGAUGACGAGGAAUACCAAGAGGAAGAAGGAGAAGACGGCGAAGAUGAGGAAAACGAGGAAGACGAGGAAGAAGAAGUCGAACAACAGGUGGGCGAUGAUGAGGAAGCGGAAGGCGAUGCCCCCGACAAAAAGAAGCAAAAGACCGAGUGA